AUGAUCUCAUCCAGCACAUGGGUACCCAGAGGCUAUGCCUCAGAAUUUCCAGAGAAAUAUGAAUUGGACGACGAGGAAAUGGAUAGGAUCAAUGCCAUGGCGCAACUUGAAAUCAGUGAUGCCAAAGAAGAUUUAGAAAGUGCAAAAAAGACACUCACUGAUCAGAUCGACAUCGAUGAUGAUUUAAAGGAAUACGAUUUGGAGCAUUAUGACGAUGACGAAAAUGAAAAUGAAAACGGUGGUGAGAAAGUGACCAUGUUCCCCGGAUUGUCCAGCGCAAAAAUUGAUCAGUCAGAAGACUCAGAAGAUGUAUAUUUAUCCUUGCCAACGGAAGUAGAUGAGCAAGAAGAAAAGCAAGAAAAUCAAAUAUACCCCACUGACAACUUGGUCUUGGCCACAAGGACAGAAGACGACAUUUCAUGGUUGGAUGUAUACAUUUACGAUGAUGGUGCAGGAGCACCGGCUGGAGCCGAAGAGGAAGAAGAGGACAAGUUGGAUGCAGACGUCGCUAAAGGUCUUGUUAGGGACUCAACUUUAUACGUUCAUCAUGAUAUUAUGUUGCCUGCAUUUCCCUUAUGCGUUGAGUGGAUAAACUACAAGCCAGGACAGUCUCAAGUCACAGAUACUAAUAUUGGAAAUUUUGCAGCUGUGGGUACAUUCGAUCCUCAAAUCGAGUUGUGGAAUUUAGACUACGUCGACAAAGCAUUUCCUGACAUCAUCCUAGGUGAAGCUUCCGCCAAGAAGAGUAAGAAAAAGAAACUGAAAAAGUCAGAACACGUCACCACUCACCAUACUGAUGCUGUUUUGUCAUUGACUCAUAACAAAAUACACAGAUCUGUCUUGGGAUCCACAUCUGCCGAUAGUACAGUGAAGCUUUGGGAUCUAAAUACAGGCAUUGCUGCGCGAUCCUUGAAUCAAAUACACCACGGUAAAACGGUGUCAUCUUCUCAAUGGAAUCCCACCGAACCGUCAAUAUUAUUGACAGGUGGGUACGAUUCGAAAGUUGCAGUUUCCGAUGUGCGUCUUAGCGAUGAUCUUUCUAAAUAUUACUCAGUUGGCUCUGGAGAAGAGGUCGAAAAUGUGAGAUGGAGCUCGAAUCCCGAAGUUUUUUAUGCGGGAACCGACCAAGGAAACGUAUACUGCUUCGAUAUCAAGGCGUCAAAACCAUUAUGGACCUUGCAUGCACACGAUGCCGGAAUUUCCUCGUUGGAUAUCAACAACUACAUACCAGGCAUGUUGAUCACCAGCGCGAUGGGUGAGAAAACAGUGAAGCUAUGGAAAGCGCCCACGGAAGGCGGACCAUCUAUGAUCUUGUCCAGGGACUUUGGUCUUGGUAAUGUCUUGACCGCAUCAUAUGCAAACGACAUCGAAGUCGCCGGUAACUUGGUAGUUGGUGGUGUUACUGGCGGUUUGAAAAUGUGGGACACAUUUUCCAAUAGAACUGUAAAAACUGGUUUCAGAGAUGAGUUGAAACAGUUGCAGCAAAAAGCUAGAGAGGAAGCGAAAGUUGCUGGACGUGCAUCAAGAAUUGCUAGAAAAUACCAAACUGAUGUGAGUGACACGAUACUAGAGGUUGAUGGUGCUAAAGAUGAUUCAGAAUCCGAGGACGAAGGCGAAGAAUUUGAGAACGAGGAGGAAAUAGACGAAGAUGAGGAUUAA